AUGGACUUACUGUCCAUUGGUAUCAAGCUUGCACUAAAAGAUGGACUCGAACAAAAGGCAUCCCAAGAUGAUUCAAGAGUAAAGAAUACACCCCGCUCUUCGCUCGAUGACAAGUACGUGCCAUGUUUGCAAUCCUUCUCAUUCCAUAUAGAAAUAACAUUCCAGGCUAAUGCUACACGUUGUACUGACCAGCUUGGCGAUGUCGAUGAGCUCUCACCAACGUUUUUUGACGGCAUGGAAGCCGAAGUUGAUUCCUCCCCGAUGGAUGGUGCAUGCCCCCAUUCCUCUGUAAAUGCACUUUUCGCUCGCCUUUCCUCGCUCCUCCUCCGCUUUCGACCCCAAAGUAGUGAAGCAAACGAACUGCUGCAAACCUCAAGGCCUUCGGCGUUCUGUCCACAUGCACUCCUCGCUCGCCUUUCCUCGCUCCUUCACCGCUUUUGUUCCGAAACUGAUGCACCAGACGAACUCCAGCAAUCCUCCAUCCCUUCGCGGUUAGCACCCGCCAUGCGGGACAGGGAGGUCUUGUUUGUUGCUGAGCCACUGCGCUCAAAUUGUACACACAGCCUCAUUGCGCCACAAUACCAAGUGCAAGACCUGCGCAUUUGCUACCCCUCCGAAUGUUGGCUCAUCCCAUACUUUCUCUCCGCUGCGCAUCCCCUCAGCCCGUUGGCGGCAAUGCACACCCAACACAACAGCGGGAAGGCCAAGCGCAGGCUCAUGCCACAUCAUCGCAAACGUAGCACCAGCAAGGUCAAUCAUACAGUCAAUCGCAGACUCAACCUGCUGCUUCCUCCAUGUGCAGCCACUCCUCCACCUUCCAUUGCGGACACGCUUCGUUCUUUUUCUGCUAUGAAUCUCUUCCGCAUGCCAGUUAGGCAAUAA